UUCCUCGCCAUGCCCUCAUACAUAAAUCCACAACAGACAUAUCAGUCAUCCCAUAAUCUAUUUAUAAAAUCGUCUCUCUGAGUGACCAUAAAGUGUCUGGCUCCCACGAAAGACUACUAUGCCUGUACUUAUAGUGGACGGUGAACGUUAUCGAGUACCAUUCAUGCCAUUCUCCAGAGGCUACAAAACCACCAAUGAAAGGUGGCUCACCUAUGAAGCUAAAAUUCGUGUGAAAGCUACACCCGAAGCUCCUAGAAACACCGGGUGGUCUGCUCAAGAUGAUAUGACCCUUCAGGACCUUAGAAACUGCAAUACCCCAUGGAAGUAUAUAUCUGCUGCGAUGAAUAAUAAGCCCGUCGAAGAUCUCAAAGAGCGAUGGUUGAAUCUGCGAGAGGGCAUCACGCGAGAGAUCGUUACAAAACCGAUAAGGUAUACUAAUGAGAUGCAUUUCAUCGGUGAACUGCCGGAAGGUCGGAAAGUUGAGCGGAAUGUGUCUUUCUCAGAUCCAUUGGCCACGAAUGACAAUACUGAUGACCAUCUUAUUGACUCUCGACCAUCAAAAGUCAAAUAUGUGCUUUAUACCGAUGAAAAUUUUGAUUUGGAGGAUGUGCUGCUUCUACAUACAAUUGCUGCCAAAUGGGAAAGAGAUAAAUGGUUGGCUGUUAGUACCCAUUUCAAUGACAGGACCGGGCGCAGUAUUACCCCAGACGAGGCCAAAUCGGUGAUUGACCCUGGAGGAGUCUGGGAUACCCAUUGUUAUUGGAGAACCUAAAUCAACCUUGAUUUUUGAAGACCCGUGCCGGGGGUUUUCGGCAACUGGAAAUACCAUGAGUUCGGCUCAUGGAAUGCUUGAUGACUCGAGUAUUUGCCCGGAAUAGGUAGGUUAGGUGGAUGUGUCAAAUUAAGAAUGUGAACGUCGUUGCGUGAUCCUUUUUUUUUUUUUUUUAUCUUAUUUUUCGGGCCUU